AUGUCUGAUACCGUGUUUACACUCAACACCGGCGCCAAGAUCCCUGCUUUGGGACUCGGAACAUGGCAGUCUGCUCCUGGCGAAGUCAAGAAUGCAGUCGUGCAUGCUCUCAAGGUCGGCUAUAGACAUAUUGACGCCGCAUAUGUCUAUGGCAAUGAAGACGAAGUCGGUGAGGGUUUAGCUGAAGGCUUCAAGUCUGGCAUUAAGCGCGAAGACGUCUUUGUAACCACCAAGCUUUGGUGUACCUACCACUCCAGGGUAGAGGAGAACCUCGACCUCAGUCUAAAAUCCCUGGGUCUGGAUUAUGGUAUGAGAGGCAUCCCGCUAGUCCAACACCCUAUGGAAACAAAAACUGACAUUGCAAAACAAAACNNAGUUGAUCUGUAUCUGAUGCACUGGCGUAAGUCCAUCACUACUAUGUCACGAUCCUCAAUACUAACCCCCUCACANGCCGUCCCCAUGAACCCCAACGGCAACGACCCAAAAUUCCCAAAACACCCCGACGGCACCCGCGACCUCGACACCGCCUGGUCCUACACCCAAACCUGGAAGGAAAUGGAAGCUGUCCUCAAGACCGGAAAAGCAAAAGCAAUCGGCGUAGCAAACUUUUCAGUGCCCUUCUUGGAAACCCUCAUGAAGGAAGCUCAAGUCACUCCCGCAGCCAACCAAAUCGAAAACCACCCUUAUCUACCCCAACAAGAAAUCGUGGAUUACUGCAAAGAAAAGGGGAUUUUGGUUACUGCAUACAGUCCUCUGGGAAGCACUGGCUCGCCGCUCUUCCAAGAAAAGGAAAUUCAAGAGGUGGCGAAGAAACAUGAUGUUAGUCCUGGAACUGUAUUGUUGAGUUAUCACAGUAAGAUGCCCCGCCACUCUUUGUGUCCUUCAAAGCAAAAUUGGCUAAUGCUGUUGUANGUCGCCCGCGGAAGUUCCGUGAUCCCCAAAUCGGUUACGCCGUCGAGGAUUGAGGAGAAUUUGAGGUUGAUCAAGCUUGACUCGAGUGAUGUCAAGGCUUUGGAUAAGAUCUCGGAGACACAUCCUCCCAACCGUUUCGUCUACCCUGCCUUUGGCGUCAACCUCGGGUUCCCUGACAAGCAAUGA